AAUGCUAUGGCAACCUCUCGUUACUCGUCUACCGAGGAGACAACAAAUGCUUUUAGAGCGAAUCGACUUAUCCUCGGUCCAUGUAUUGAUCAACUACGUGAUGUUUUACGGCACCAUGUACCACCGGCAACAUUUACAUACAUCAUUAAACAAAAGAGAAGUAACCUUCUUCGUCUGACAGCACCACAAAUGAACCUUAUUUUACCUAGAGGCAGCGAUUAUACUGGAAACUAUGAUGACAUGGAUAUUUCUUUAUUGUACAAACUACUUAGACACAUUUGUAGUAUACCACCGCACAGAAGAGGCUGGGGAUAUGAUCCAAACCCCACUGACAGAUCUCUCUCUGCCAACAUUGAGAGGAUCCGUAUUGCCAGAAAUCAGUGUGUCUUUUCUUCCAGUCCUACCCUCUCUAAUGCUGAUUUCAACAUAAUCUGGUCCACUGUCAGAGCAGCAGUCGUGGACAUUGAUUCUAUCCUUAACAAUGGGGAAAAGUAUGAAAGAGAGGUUGAUUUUUUGAGACAUGAGACAAUGGACCCUGCCAAUAAUUAUCAUUACAUAGAAGAAAUGAGAAAACAGUCGGAAGAAGAUGCUGCAACAGGAAAAACGAAACAAGAUACUGUAAAUAUUCCACCUGAGAGAUUUAUGGCAUACAUGAAAAAUGGGAUGACCACAGUUCGUCAUGCAAGGGGGAUCGUGGUUGGAUGUGCUGAAGCAGGGAAGACGACACUUCUAUACCGACUAAUUGGGAAAAGUCUUGAUAAAAUUAAGGAAAUAAAAUCAACUAGAGGACUUCAUGUCUACGAACACAUAUUUUUUGUGAGAAAUGGAGAUUUAUCAGCUACCGAAAAUGAGUCCUUUAAGAAACCAUUGAUCAGAAUUCCAGCGUCUGAGCUUGAACAGAAGGAACAAAAUAGCAAUGAUGACUCAACACAUAACAAAAUUGAGAGAGAAACUGGAAACAGUGCUAGUAUGGAAAGCAUUCAGGCUGAUAUGAAUGCUGGAAAAGAAUUUAGUGCACUGGCUCCACAGAAAAAUAUAAUAGAUGAAUCACGGGAUGAAACAAUUGAUCAAGAUCUAACAGAGGAUGCAAAAAGUGAAAUAUUAUAUACCGGAGAAAAUGAAAGAAAUGAUCAAAAAUUGGCAAGGGAUGUAAUGGAAAAGAUAUUGGAUGCCAGGGAAAAUGAAACAAGUGUCAGUAUGUUUGAUUUUGCUGGACAAUUUGCUUAUUAUGCUUGUCAUCAGAUCUACAUGAGGUCUGAAGCAUUCUACGUUCUGGUGAUGGAUAUGAGUAAAGCGUUCCAGGACGUCGUUAGUGGUGAAACAACUGAAUGCGAGGGUUCUAUCUUCUCUACGUGGACAUACAAAGAUUAUCUUUACUUCUGGCUUGACUCCAUAAAAUCGUUUAGUGGAACUUCUGCACAAGUUCUUACUGUGGCUACGCAUACAGAAGGCAAGACAGGAGAGGAAAAGGACUCUUUUUGGGAGAGUCUUUGGGCGUUAGUACCAGAGGAAGAUAAGACCAGGCUUUACGACAGGGAUUUUGCAUUAGGACUAAUUGAGAUGAAUGAAGAAGGGGUACAUACUCUGCAAAGUCUAAAAAAAUCAAUAGCUGAAGUAGUGUCGCAAGGCAUGGACACAAAGAUAGAAGUUCCCUCAGCUUGGGCUCUUCUUGAACAUCUCUUACAAAAAGCAGAAAAGCCAAUUUUGUCAAUCAGUGACAUCAACGAAGAGAAUAAGAAACUUCCCGAAGAAUACCAAUUGAAGAGUCAAGAAGAAAUAUAUGAUUUUCUGUCCUUUUUCCAUUCUAAUGGAAUGUUAUUAUUUUUCAUGGAGGAAGGACUGAGAACACAUGCAAUUUUCGGCAUACAAUGGUUUUCCAAUGCAUUCAGUAAACUUAUUGCCGACAAGACCCACAUCAACAGAGAAUGUCAACGAAGAUACAUAAAAGAUUGGAACCAUUUUAAUGCCACGGGAAAACUGAGCGAUUCUCUUAUAGAUGCUCUAUGGAAAGAAGAAUCGUCAUACCUAGAACACAAGGCAGCACUGAUGUCAUAUAUGGAGAGACUACGGAUGUUAGUCAGCAUAGAAGGCGAAUUCUCCUGGUAUGUCCCCUGCAUGAACAAUAAGCCUUUUACACACGACAUCUUUGAACAGACCCUAGAUAAGUCGUCCAUUUUGGGUUUUCGAUUCACAUCCUUUGCCAUGUUCGUGUAUUAUAGGCUUAUUGCAUAUUGCAUGAGUUCCCUCAAGUGGAAAGUGCAGUUGGAUAAAGACAAAAGUCAAUGUCUGUAUCACACAGCAGCAAUUUUUGAAACCCAAAAUCACACAGUUAUCGUUGGUAUCAUCGAUAACGACAUACAGAUUCAAGUCUUACGAAUCAAGAAUCUGAAUCCCAAAGUUUCCUGUGAAAUUGGAAAAACAAUUGAAAUUGCCUUAACAGAAUUGACGAAGACAUUUGAUGAAAGGAAAACCUUCCUAAAAGGCUACAAAUGUCUAAAUCGUUUCUGUAGUAUAGAAGAUCUAACAUUUAUUCCAGAAAAGGAACUGUCUGGAGUUCAAUGCAACUGUCCAAUUGUGGAUAAACAUGAAAUAGAUGCACAUUGGACACUCAGUUUCUGGAAAGAGAAUGUUUGUUCCAAGAAUUCAGGGUCGUCUGUAGGAAAUCUUGAUGGUCGUGCAUCAGCAUCUAGUACAACAGAUGACAACAUUCUGUGCUUUUCUUGUGAGGAAAAACAUGAUAUAGGAGUCCACUACUGGGAAAAGAACAGCAAAAGAAUAAGGACAGAGUCGGAGUAUCUAUUUGCAAAAGGAGUGCAUUCAGUAGAUGUAAUGACAAGCAUUAUUAAAGCAGAUGUCAGCAGAAGCGUAGGGCUAAUUCUCAGGGAUGGAAUUUCGGAGGGAACAGGAUUUCGUGUCGGGGAAAAAUAUAUAAUGACUUGCCUGCAUGUUAUUGAGAAGUUUAUCAUAGAUGAAAAUUCCUUUGAGUGUGACAGAUUUUGCAUUCAGUUUGGGAAGACAAAAGUGGCCCAGAAUGAUGAACCAAGAAUGAAAUUCAACUUUGAACCAAUUCUUCACUACACAGAUAAAGAAUAUGAUGUGGCUAUUUUGGAAAUGAAGACACACCAAGAACGUGACGUAAUCUUUGCUCCACCUUUGACUUCAUUUGGUAAAAUGAGUUAUCCCUCAGAGAUUCACCUCAUUGGUCAUACCGGCGGCGUGCAAAUGAAAGAAGACAGCCAAGUUUACCCUAACAUAAUUAAAACAGACAACUAUGAAGACAAACGCAUUAAAGAGUUAAGUGACUGGAGUAAAAAGAAUCUUCCUGAAGGAAUUGAUUAUUAUUCCGUGCUACGUGAGGCACCACAAAAGGUACUGUUUAACACGACAUUUGCCCCCGGAUCCUCAGGUUCACCUGGAUUCAUGAUAAAGGAACAGAGAGCAUAUACAGUUCUUAUUGUAAGCGCUGGUGUCCCUAAAUGUUAUUACGAGAAUGGUGUACAUGUGCCUGCAAAUAAGAGAGUUGAGUAUGGCUAUGCUUUAGAGGAUUUAAAUGCAAAAAUGCAAAAAUCGUCAUCAAGAAUUAAAGCAUUAGCGUCAGAAAUAUUUGGGGAGUGUUUUAGGACAAGUUAACGGUAUUUGUGAAGAUCAAGACUAUUUAUAUUGCUUUCUCAAAAUACUUGUAAGCUAAAGAUAUAAUAGUAUAGACUCACCGAGGAGACAACAGUUGAGAAUAAAUCAGAAUCGUUGAUUAACCUUAGAUAGAGCUUAGAUGAAUCUAUGAAGUCAUUUUAAUACAGCUAUAUCAUAAAUGCGAUAACAUAAAGUACUGAGUAUAUAACUGUUUAUAAAAGUUGUUCUUUAUUUUCAUAUUUCGUCUUGUUUAAGUAUCCGUUGUUCAGUUGUCCAUAUCUUGGUAUUUAUACGAAAUCUUAUACCUAGUAAAUGUUUCACGUCAUUGGUUAUCGUUUUUAGGUCACCUGAGUCACUCAGGUGACCUAUUGCUAUCUCUUUUCGUCCGUCGUCGUCCGUCGUUCGUAAACUUUUGAACAUUUUCAGCUUCUUCUCUGGAACCAGCAAACCAAUUUCAACCAAUUUUGGCAUAUAGCAUCUAUGGAUGAAGGGGAACAAAAUUUGUGAAAAUUGUGGCCCCUGCCCCCCUGGGGCCUGAGAGGUGGGGCCAAAACCAUCAAAAUUAAUGCAAUAUUUAAAAAUCUUAUUCUUUACUCCUGGACAUCACGCAGUCAAACUGUUGGCAUGAUUGUAAUAAGCAUUGAACCCUCUACCACAAUUGUGAAAUUCAUGGCCACAGGGUCAGGGUUCUGGUGCUAGGGCGGGACUAUAUAGAUCAUAUAGUGAAAGUGCAUUAUUUCUUUGAAAAUCUUCUUCUCUACUCCUGGGUAUUAUUGAAACAAAAUGAAUACCUAGUUAUGAUAAGCAAGAGUGACUCUACCCAAAUUGUGGAAUUCAUGGCCCCAGGGUCAGAGGUUCUGGUGUUAGGGCGGGGCUAUAUAGAUCAUAUAGUGAAAGUGCAAUAUUUCUUUGAAAAUCUUCUUCUCUACUCCUGGGUAUUAUUGAAACAAAUUGAAUACAUAGUUAUGAUAAGCAAGAGUGACUCUACCAAAAUUGUGAAAUUCAUAGCUACAGGGUCAGAGGUUCUGGUGCUUGGGCAGGGCUAUAUAGAUCAUAUAGUGAAAGUGCAUUAUUUCUUUGAAAAUCUUUUUCUCUACUCCUGGGUAUUAUUGAAACAAAUUGAAUACAUAGUUAUGAUAAGCAAGAGUGACUCUACCAAAAUUGUGAAAUUCAUGACCUCAGGGUCAGGGGUUCUGGUUCUAGGGCGGGGCUAUAUAGAUCAUAUAGUGAAAGUGCAAUAUAUCUUUGAAAAUCUUCUUCUCUAUUCUUGGUUAUUACUUAAACAAAUACUUGAUUAUGAUAAGCAAGGGUGACUCUACCAAAAUUGUGAAUUUCAUGACCCCUGGAUCAGAGGUUCUGAUGUUAGAGCAGGGCUCUAUUUAUUAUAUAGUGAAAAUGCUUUAAAAAUCUUCUCUGCACCUAGGCAUAUCAGAGGCAAAAAGAGUAAAAGUUUCAAUAAGGAAGGGUAUUUUUACCAGAUUUUUUAACAUGAUCAGGACCAUUUGGUCAAGUGUUCUCGUCCAGGCCAGGGUUCUAUUAUUUUGUAUUCCACUGAGAGGAUUAUUCCCCUUUGCCAUUUACGUGUGAUAAUUAAUCACUGUAAAUAAUGUACUUAAAAGGUUAAUAGAAUAAGAGAAUUAUGCAAGAUUUUUUAUUGUAUAAUAAAAAAAUUACUUUCAUAGUUUUAAUGAUCAGGUAGACUUGUAAGUAAUAGAUGAAUAAAAAUGAGACAAAAAUAACACGUCUUAUUAAAUGUUCAUCGAAGACCAAGAGAGGCCAAUGUAACAAUGCAACAAUUUCAACAAGGAAUUAAAAGAGUACAGAAGCACUGAUAGUUUGUUUUUAUACUGUCUGGUGAGAGUGAUAACAUAAUUUAUGUACUGUUAAUGAAUACUAGACUUAUUAUUUUGUUGAUCCUGAUCACCCUAUUUUUCUUGCUUUUGGGCAACAAAGCUUCACCUUUCAGUUCAUUUCAUACUCUAUGGAUCCUCUAAAUUGUUGUAUUAUACUCAGGUGACCGUUAAGGCCCUUGGGCCUCUUGUUUGUUAAAGUGACAUAUACCUCCCAUGAAAUAUUCAUCAAUGUAUACUAUUCAUGAGUGAACCUGGAAACCAUUCUUUGAAAAUAUAAAUCUGAGUUUAUUUUUUUUGUCCUGUUUUAAAAUUUGUCAACAACUUGUGAAAUCUGGAUGUGAUAUGAAGUGAAUAAUAUAUGUUAUGAAGAGUUGCUAAAACUAUAUGCAAUGAAGCUUUGUUAAUCUGUUCAGAGGUAAAAGCUUUGGAAUUUCAUUAAUUUUAUUUUAUCUUUAAUUGAAAAUAAAAUUCAGCUGGAAUAAUCGGUCAACAGGGGAUGUUUACUUAUCCAAGGCAUAUGAUCCAACCUCUGAAUUUUCUAUGGGACUGUUUUUUAUGCCCUGUUCACGAAUUUGUUCAUGAUUUUUUUGAGAUCGAUCUCUGUUCGUUGUCUUUACCUUUUUUUUCAUUUUUCAUAUUUGUAUAUUUAUCAAUUUUACUUUAAUGUAAACGUAAUUUGAGUAGAGCAGUAUGGCAAUGUUUUGAAUUGCUUCUGAAAAUAUGUGUGUAAUCUGUGUAAAAAAUUGUUUUAAAUGCAAUUCAGGAGUCAAUUUUGUUUUUAAGAGAAUUAUAAACAUGUAGCAAUCCAAAAA